AAAAAUUGCAGAGAUGAAGGUUGCUCUAUUUGCAAAGCCAAUUACAGCCUUAGCAAUCACUCUGAGUAGCACCAUUGGGUUUGUGCUACUAUCCCACUCACACCAACAACUAUAUUCUCUAAAAUCAAAGACCCACACACAUUCAAUGGCUAACAAUCGAAGCUUUAUUGUUUGGCUACAUGGAUUAGGGGACUCAGGCCCAGCCAAUGAACCCAUCAAAUCCCUUUUCACUUCCCCAGAAUUCAAAAACACAACUUGGUCUUUCCCUUCUGCUCCUUCCAAUUCAGUCACUUGUAACAAUGGUGCUGUGAUGCCUUCAUGGUUUGACAUUCAUGAGAUUCCUGUGACAGCUAAUUCUCCAAAAGAUGAAAGUGGUGUGCUUAAAGCGGUUCAGAAUGUGCAUGCAAUGAUAGAUAAGGAAAUAGCUGCUGGCACAGAUCCUAAUAAUGUCUUUGUGUGUGGAUUCAGUCAAGGAGGUGCGUUGACAUUGGCAAGUGUUUUGCUGUACCCAAAAACUCUAGGAGGAGGUGCAGUCUUCAGCGGAUGGGUUCCUUUUAGUUCGUCUAUAGUAGAAAAAAUUUCAUCAAAUGCGAAGAGGACACCUAUUUUGUGGUCCCAUGGAAUGGCUGACACAACUGUAUUGUUUGAAGCUGGACAAGCUGGUCCUCCUUUCCUUGUAGACGUUGGUGUUAGCUGUGAGUUUAAGGCUUAUCCUGGUCUUGGCCAUUCAAUAAGCAACGAAGAGCUGCGGUACUUGGAAUCGUGGAUAAAGACACGUAUGCCGGGUUCUUCUUAAAGACUUGGGUGGAACAAGUCCUGUUAUAUGCAUUGGUCUUUGAUUUUCGAGUUGUCAUACAAUUCUUACAUAACGAAACUUGAAUUUUCAAGUUACUUCACAUAUUAUGAUGAACCUAAAUCUAAUUAUCUAAAAGCUAUUUGAAAUUACUUUUAAAA